AUGUUAUUUCUUCGUGCUGUCCAACGUGGAUUCUUCAAAGUGGCUUUAAAGAAAACCAUAUUGAUAUCUCUCGCAUUGAGAGUAGCACCGAUCAAUAGCACAGUUAAAAACAUUCUCUAUCGUUUGGAGUUAAGUUCUUUGAAAUUGUUGCCCUCAUUACAAAUAGCAGAGAACCUGCUUUUCUGGAGCCAAGCUAACGAUCUCCAAGGAAAUUAUGAAUUAAGCCCAUUGCUAAAUUAUACCUAUGUUGAUCUUGGAACAAGCUACAAUAAUGGGAAUAGUUUCAAAUUCGAUUCGGUUAUAGAACCUAUAGCCAGUAACUCUAAUGAAACGAAUCGUGAAACCAUAGAAUUACCAUUUAUUCCAAAGAUUGAACGUCCUUCCAAUGCACUCGCCCUUAUGAAACACAAGCCUUCAAUAGAGCCUGAGAACCUGAAAAAGAUGAUGGGAAUUUCCCACUUACUGAAAGAAAUGCAGAUUGUUUCAAAAUUUCCACAAAAAAUAAAUUCCACAAAAAAAAUGGAUUCCCUAGGAGUUUAUUUUACGACAUCUAAUAUAGUGCUCGGUGUGUGUUGUGCUUACAUUUUAGUCAUCGGUGUUAAUACUUUGAAUAAAAAAUUAUUACGAUAUGUUCAAAUUAACCCCAAAGCUAUAAAUGAAGCAUAUGGAGCUAUCUGUGAAGUGGUUCUGGGUAUUUCCCACUCUAAUAAUAAUGUGGGAAAUUAUGAUACUGGUUUAACUGGAGCUGUUAGCGAAGAAAUCAUCCAAACCCUUUAUAGCAUCAAUGAGAAAAUUGAAACUAAUAUCGAUACUCUUCGGCUUGUAUCCAAAGGGAGAGAAGUAGCUGAUGUUCUUAAACUUGAUUCGAUACAACUGCAAAUGAGAGAAUCUAACCUCAAAAUCAUUAGAAUGCUUGAAGAUCAUCAUCAAAGACAAGAGCUAUUCGAGGACAAAAUCCUUGAAAAGUUUAAGGAGCUUGAAAAGAUAGUUCUUCAAUCUUGUACAAGAAUAAUAAGGAGUAGCCAUGAACUUAAUUAUGCUGUUGCAACAAAAUGCGGAAGCAACACUGCUUAA